UACAAAGUGUAAUACAUGCAGUAUAGGUGCUUUGUAGAUUUAAAGACGUCAGUUUAUACCAUAGAUAGUAGAUGGUUAUACUGAAUCGAUACAGAAGAAGACAUCAAUAGUCUAAGAUUUAGAUACGGAGUUCUAUUACCUACUAAUGUUAACAGUUUUCUCUUUCCAUCUUAUGAUUGCUACUGCUAAUUCUGUACCAGUAGAAGCAAACACUGAAGCAGUGGAUAACAAUACUUGCUGGACAAAUAUCUGUGAAACUUCACAAACCACACAAACUGGUUUAAUAAAAGAUCUCAGCUCAACUGGUUUAGCGAUAAUCGAAAAUCAUGACAUGGAUUGUUAUCCUUGGAUGUUUCGUAAUUCAACAAAUGGAAAAUGUGAAUGUAGUAACAUUCCACUUCACUCUGUACUAUGUGAUAUUGAAAUCAGCAGGACAUCCAUUCUUGAUUGUUAUUGUAUGACUUACGAUAGUGAGAGCAAUGAAACUCAAUUAGGAAGAUGUGUGUAUGGUUGCGGACACAAAAGAGACACUGUCUUCUAUACACUUCCAAAUGACAUAGACGAUCUUAAUUCAUAUUCUUGUGGAAAUAUAAACCGAGAUUCAACACUGUGUGGGAAGUGUCUACCAGGAUAUUCACCACUUUUGUACUCGUAUGAAAUGAACUGCAUGAACUGCACGGGAGAGAACACGACCUACAACUGGAUCAAGUACAUAGCAGUUGCUUACAUUCCUUUAACAUUCUUCUUUUUAUUUGUCGUAAUCUUUAAAUUCAAUGGAACUUCACCAAUGCUGAAGUGGUUCAUCAGUGUAUCCCAGGGAAUCUUUUCACCUAUUGCUGUUAGAGGCUAUUUUUCUGUAUUUUCAAAGAAAUCACAUAUUGAGAAAUUUAUUAAAGCUAUAGGCUGCUUUUAUGGCAUCUGGAAUUUAGAUUUCUUUCGUGCUGUCAGUCCACCAAUUUGUGUGACGGACAUCAGUCAAAUACAAGUGCUUGCUUUGGACUAUGCAAUUGCCUUUUAUCCAUUGGUACUGAUUAUUCUGACUUACUUUCUCAUUUGUUUGCAUAGCCGUGAUGUACGUAUAGUCAUUUGGAUGUGGAGACCUUUUCGUAAGCUUUUCAGUUUAGUUGAUCAAAAAUGGGAUAUGGAAGGGUCAAUUGUGAAUGCUUUUGCGACCUUUUUAUUACUCUCAUACUUAAAAGUUCUCAACAAAACUGUUGAUUUACUAGUAUUUACUAGAAUGUAUGUACUGAAAGCCAACAGCAAGGAAUAUGAUAUAAAGCUUGUACUUUACUCUGAUGCUACAGUGGAAUACUUCGGACAGGAACAUCUUCCGUAUGCAAUAUUAGCUUUGUUUGUCGGAGUUUUUGCUGUAAUACUUCCUAUAGUGCUUCUGAUGGUAUAUCCAAUGAAAUGGUUCCAAGAAUGUCUCAAUGCCUUGAAAAUUCAGCGUCAACGUCUUGACAUGUUUGUCAACUGCUACCAAGGUUACUACAAGGAUGGAACGAAUGGUACCAGAGAUUAUCGAUGGUUUUCUGUGACUGGAUUUCUUCUUAAGUUAAUUGUGUUCCUACUAUUUGCACUCUCACCAAGCAUCUAUUGUUACUCUAUUGGAACUUUAUUUAUAAUUACCCUCAUGUUUAUGCAUCUUUUGCUACGACCAUACAAGGAAGAAUUCAAAGUGUACGACAUAACAGAUGCCUUCAUGCUACUGAUUCUUAGUGGAGUGUUUAUUAUGGCAACUGCAGGAGAUGAAGCUGACAUCAAAGCUUCCUACUUCAGUGCAUUUUCUUAUUUGCUUAUAGGACUCUUUGCAAGUGUCCCGAUAAUUUACUUUCUUGUAGUAACUAUUUGGUGGCUCUUGAUAAAGAUAAAGAAACAACUCAAAACUUGGUGCAUAAGCAAAUUUUGUAGCUUUCGAGCUCAGCCUGAAAUCUCACAAAUUGAGGAGUCAUUUUCAGAUAGUGAUGAUAUUCCACACCGGUUGGAGAAUCCAUCAGAUUACUCAUCACCAAAUACCCUGCUGAUUUCUGCCCCAAGAAAGGAUGCAAACUAUGGCUCAGUUGCUUGUGCUGUCAUUCCAGAGCCAUAAUUGUAAUGCUAAAGUGAACUUAUAGACUUAGUAUAGAGUUUGCUGGAAGUAUAUACAUAGGUCACAUGCAUGCAGAAAGUUGCUUUACUUUGUGUAUUGAACUAUCCUUUGUACGGUUAUAAUUCUGUGUUUAGGCAAGAUACUUUUUACAAAUUGUUUUUAAUACCUAGUAGUACGUCUGUCUGCAUGAGAUUGUUGAAAACC